GGCGCGGCCUCGGGGCAUCGGCCUCCCGCCUCUCUAUCUCCGGCGCAGGUGGAUCUCCUCAGAUCGUUCACCUUCCGCAAUUCGCGGCAGACGUACAACGGCAUCCCCAUCAUCGCCGCCAACAUGGACACCGUGGGCACCUUCGACAUGGCCAGGGAGCUCUGCAAGUUCUCACUUUUCACUGCCAUCCAUAAGCACUACAGGCUGGAGGAGUGGAAGGAGUUUGCUACCCAGAACCCUGAUUGCCUGCAGCACGUGGCGGCCAGUUCGGGCACCGGCCCCUCAGACUUCGAGCAACUCGAGAAGAUCCUGGAGGCCGUCCCCCAAGUGCGCUACAUCUGCCUGGACGUGGCCAACGGCUACUCGGCGAACCACACGCCCAGCGUGAUGUGCGGGGACGCACACUGGGCAGAGGGGACUGGACCCUGGUCAUGGGGGAUCCCCAUUCGUGGGGGCCUCUUGCCCACCGGCACAUGCCGAUACCCGUCUCUGCCACGUCCAGGUUCGGUCUGUACCACCCGGAAGAAGACGGGGGUGGGGUACCCCCAGCUGAGCGCCGUCCUGGAAUGCGCCGACGCCGCCCACGGCCUCAACGGGCACAUCAUC